CAUCCCAACUGGUGUAUGUCAGAGUCAGCUGAAGUUUCAUAACACUAGAUACUACGCGGCUCCCAACAUCAGCAUCUAGUGAAAAAAAAUUCUCAUAAUAAUAAUGCUAAGAUUAUCAAAACAUCCUUUGUAUAUCAAAAUUCUCCAAACCACACAAUUAAGAUAUGCGCAUCGUAUAAAUCACUACGAAGUUUUGAAGCUACAGUCGAACUGUACACCGAAAGAAAUCAGAGAAGCAUUCAUAAGAUUAUCCAAAGAAUUGCACCCAGACGUAAAUGCCAGCAACGGCAAUAAGAAAGCCAAUGAAAAAUCAUUCGUGCAGCUGUUGGAAGCGUACAAAGUGCUGAGUAAACCAGAUUCUCGAUCCAGUUAUGACUACGAGCUGGCUAUGAAGGCGAGACCACAAUCCCAUCCAGGAGGAAAUCAAAACAUACAAAAUCAGCACUGGUACCCGAAUUCAGCCCAUUAUCAAGAACCAGAUCCAAACUCAUUUUAUGGCUUUAAAGGAAUCAAAAAAGUUAGCAACUGGACGAUCGUUUUCUAUUGCUUGGUGUUUAUGUUUGUAGGAAUAAUAGUGCAAGCAUAUGCCAUAAGCAAAUCAUUCACCUUUAGCCGUGAGCAAUUGGAUGAAGAUUCUCGAAGAAAUUCUCAAAUGCUUGCGAAAGCUCGAGCCGAAGCUCAAAGCAAUGGGAAUGACGCUCAGCUUGAGCGAAUGAAGGCCACAUUGAAUAAAGAAACAAUGUGGUAGGUAGUUGAAAUCGAAAUGACGAUGUGGCGAUGUACAUAACUCAUCCGGUGUUAAUGUUGGGAUGCCCUAUAUUUAAUAAACUGACUUGAUAUAUUUUGCCAAUUGUGGGCGUAGAAGCAUUUUGUAAAUAACUAUUUCAAAA